AUGGUAACAUUAAACAGGUCGUUUUUUAUGCGUUCGCAGCUUAAACGCACAAUAAUAGCGAUAAUUGUCGUUGGCAUACUAAUAUGGUUCGGUUUAGUGCUAUUUAUUGAUGAAACUGUAACGAAAACCGUAGAAGAAAUAAAUCGUGAUCGAUUGUUACAUUUACGCGAGACCUGCGAGCGCACCAACAACGGAGGAAAAUAUACAAUAGAGACGUCUUUCUACAUUCACGUGAAAAACGAGAGCUUGCUGUACUGCUUGGUGUUCAAGUCAGGUACUACUACCUGGUUUUACAACAUUAAUCGAUGGGCCGGUUUUAGUGAGGAAAAAAUAUUGGAUGACAAAACGGACAACUUUAUGCUGGCCCGCCAGAAGUAUCUUUGGGAAAAUCCACAAGUGUUGCUUACGAGCAUGAAAAACACCUACUCCUUCAUCGUGGUGCGCGAUCCGUUUGAACGCCUAAUAAGCGCGUACGAGGAACGCUUGCUCGGACAGCUUCAUCCUUACUUUAAAAACUUAUCGCAUCAUAUCUACAAACUUUACCACAAUGAUAGCAAUCAGUACGGUAUACCAUCGUUUCAAGAUUUCGCUCGAUUUGUGGUAGAUCAGAACCGCAACAGUCAGCCGUCCGAUCUGCAUUGGCGACCGAUCAAUGAUUUGUGUACACCAUGCUUAGCUAGAUACGAUUCCAUCAUCAAAAUGGAAACGUUCGGACCGGAUUUGGCCUACCUGACGAAUCGUACUCACUUGGAGGGGAAAAUUAAACCGGUGCACAUGAACCAUGCGCGCCGUGAUCCGAUAGAUCGAUUAAUACAAAAGUACUUUUCGCAACUGACCAAACAACAGUUUGAAGAUCUGUACGAUUUGUAUCGUAUAGAUUUUGAACUGUUCCAAUACUCACCGGCUAAGUAUGUAAAAUAUAUCAAACAACCUUGA